UGCGCGCUGCGCGGCCGGCUCCCAGCUCAGCGCAAGAUGGCGGCGGGCGCCUCGGACCCCCUGGAAGAGAUGCUGCUCUUCUCCGAGGAGGUGGACGAGAAGGCGGUCAGCGAUCUGGUGGGCUCCUUGGAAUCGCAGCUGGCCGGCGGCCGGAGCUCCGCCGAGGCGCCCCAGCCCAGGACCUCCGCCCCGUCCCAGCAGCAGCAGCCGCAGCAGCACCAGGGGAGCCUAGCGGGGGGCAGCAGCCCCGUCCGGCAACAGCAAGGGCAUCCCGCGCCUCCUCCCGCUCCCGUGGCAGAGGAGGCGGUGGCGGGGUGUCCCGGAGCCGCGGAGAGCCGAGCCCCUACUCAGGGGCAGCUCCCGUCCCCGUCCCCCCCGGCGGCGGCAGCGGCGGCGGCAGCAGCGGCGGCAGGGAGGGGAGUGAGUGUAAACAGUAGUAGUGUGCAGCAAUCACAUGGAGCGGCUCUCCUCAGCAGCGGCGGCAGCCCCGGCGCGCCCGCCGCCCCUGCCCCUCCGCAGCCCGCCGCUCCUCCGCCCUCCGGCGCCCCUGCCCAGCCUGUCAACAACCAUGUGGCUGCCGGCGCCACUGCCCGGGAAGCGGGGAGCCCCAGCCCUGGCGGCAGCCCGCCCGCCGCCGACAGCACGCUACCACCGCCGCAACGCAACGAGGCCGCGGAGGGGAGCGGGACCCCGGCCGGGGGGGGCGGGCCGGCGGGAGUGGCGGAGGGUGCUUCUGCUGCCGCCACCGCGCCGCUCCCCGGCGAGGCGGCGCCCAACGGGGAGGGUGCCGGGGGCCGGCCGGCGGCAGUCCCACCAGUCAGCAGCCACGGCAGAGCAAACGCCGCCACGGCACAGAUAAAACCCGCGCACGGCCCGCUCCCUGCAGUAAACGCACUCAGUAACUCCGCCAGCCCCGCGCCCGCCGCCCCGCCGGGGCAGGGCUCGGCCGCCAACUGCGCUCCGCCGGUCCCCGCAGCGCCCAAGCCGGCAGUCAGCGCUGCGAAGGCGGGCGCUGCCCCCCUCGCCGCCCCCCAGGCUCUUUCGCCCCGUCCGGCACUGGGCGCUGCGCCCAGGAUCGUUGCCCCGCAGCUGAUCAUGAGGCCGCCGCACCAGACCACCAUCCAGCUGCCCCCCGGCUUCACCAUCCCGCCGGGUAUGGUCUUAGUGCGCACGGAUGCUGGACAGCUUGUAAUGGUGCCUCAGCAGGCUCUAGCACAGGCUCAGAUGCAGGCUCAAGUACACACGCAGGCACAGGGUCCUGCCAGCAUCUCACCGAGACUCUCCGUGCCCACAGCUGGCCCUGUUUUUCGCCUGUCAGCAACUCAGCAACCAACUUCUGUAGCCACAUCUCCUGUCCGCCUGGGACUUCCAGUGCAAGCCAAAGUUGUUCAGUCAACUGCACCUGUCAGUGCUACAUCUGCUGCGACUCUGCCAGGAGGCUCGAUUCUCUCCCAUACCACAGUAUCAGUAGCUACGACGAGUGCUCAGAAUUUAUUCAAGACAACAGUAGCAACUGGAGCAUCAGCUUCUCAACAACUUGCAGUAAUUACUGGUGGACAAACUCAAGCUUCAGCACAAACCCAGGGUCAGCCUCGGCUGCCACUUCCACCUCAUACAACAGCACAAGUACCAGCACAGCCCCACGUCAUACCAAGCUCUCCUGUACCUGGAACUACAGUUGUAUCACAGGAAAUGCAAGAGAAUGUGAAAAAAUGCAAAAACUUUUUAGCUACCCUUAUAAAACUUGCUUCUCAUAAUUCACCAUCUCCGGAAACAUCCCGUAAUGUGAAAGCUCUGGUUCAAGAUUUGCUGGAUGCAAAGAUUGAUCCAGAAGAAUUUACAGCCCGCCUUCAGUCGGAACUGAAAUCAUCUCCUCAGCCAUAUCUUGUACCUUUCCUUAAGAAAAGUCUACCUGCAUUGAGACAAUCUUUACUGAAUAGUCAACAUUCAGUUUUGCAAGGACAGCCGUCUCAGCAGUCGCUUCAACAAACCAAGCUAUCACAAGUUAUACCUCAAUCUGCCUCUGGAAGCAUUUCCUCUGUUGUCACCACACAGACAAUGGGAAUAAGGCAACCAAACAACAUUUGCACAGUCUCUGUAUCAAAUACAGUUCAGCCUCCUCAGGUUAAGGUGGUACAGUCAAAUCAGAGUUCUCAACUGCAGAUUAUCCAGUCAACAUCUGCUCAAACUGUGAAACGAACCCCUGCUUGCCAGACUACCCAGAUUAGGAUGCCAGUGGUAAUAACUCAGACCAUUAGACCACAAGGCACAGUAGGGAAGGCACCAACAAUACAAGCCAGCAAAAGUCCUGGGGGCUUUGGUGUUCAGGUCUCUGCAAAUCAGAAAAACAAGCUGAAUGACCCUGGAGGUGGUUCUUUCAGAGAUGAUGAUGACAUCAAUGAUGUUGCCUCUAUGGCUGGCGUUAAUCUUAAUGAAGAAAGUGCCCGCAUUAUGGCUACCAACUCUGACUUGGUUGGAACCCAGAUACAGUCCUGUAAAGAUGAACCCUUUCUUGCUGCUAUACCUCUACAUAAACGCAUACUUGAAAUGGCUAAAAAACUCGGAAUUACUGAUGUGCCAGCUGAGGUGGUUACUUUUAUUUCCCAUGCAACACAAAACAGAUUAAAAACAGUGAUAGAAAAAGUAACAAUGAUAACCCAGCACCGGGUGGAAUCAUACAAAGAUGAUGAGUGGUACGAACAAUCUACAGAUGUCCGAUCACAGUUAAAGUUUUUUGAACAGUUGGAGCGUUUAGAAAAGCAAAGGAAAGAUGAACAAGAGAGGGAAAUCUUGCUGAAGGCUGCCAAGAGUCGCUCAAGGCAAGAAGACCCAGAGCAAGCCAGACUGAAACAAAAAGCAAAGGAGAGUUACAUACAAAUUUGAAUGCACUGUGUGAGAAGGAUUAUCAGUAUCAUACUGAUGUGUUGUGCUACCUCACGAAGAGCCAUGUCAGAAUUGUGAGUCUUUGUAUGCAGGUUGUUUAUAAGCACAGAUGAAUGAGGCUGCGUAUCUUCGAGAAUGGGAGCUAGUGUGAAACAAAAUGGGACAGGAUAGGAACAAGAAGGCAAGCUGUCUAGUCAGGCACUGUUUGUUGUAUAGCUGAGGUCUCAGUCUAGAAGAGGCAUUUGGAAGAUAGCAGCCUUCAAAUUAACACAGCAGCAGUGUGAUUUCUUUUAGAUUUUGUAUGACAACUGUAUUUGUACUGAUGCAGUCUGCUAUUUGAGACAUUAGCAGCUAUGUAUGCAAGUGAAAUAUAGUGAUUGUUUUACCUGGCUACCAAAAGGUUCCCAUGUGGCUCUCUGAGAAUCUGGGGACAUUAAACAAGUAAAAGUUGUAUAGACUUGUAAAAGUUGGCUUUUCCUUUCAGGUUGCUUAAUUGUUUUGUCACUUUUCCCAACAAAAUUUUAAGUAACUAUGUACUCUAAUAUUCAAAUAAAACUAGUGAGGAAGAAUCAAGACCCAUUUUCAAGUUAGAGUUUAGCUCUGUUAUGAAAUAUAUUUGGUUUGGUUUUUAAUGUGUCCAAAAGAGGAAUACCUGUUACAAAUUCUGCUCUACUUAAUGGGUUUAAUUUUUUUAAAAAGCUGACAAGGGGCUAGGGAAGGAUAAAUCCAUCCCUGUGGUUUACAUUGACUUCCAGAGUGUAUAUUCAUGGUGGAGUCCUGCCUAAUAAAAGAUUGUUGUAACAAGUAGUCUCUCAUUAUAAAGCAACAGGACUACUAAAAUAUGAAUUUCCAGAACUUGAGUUUAGAAUGGCAUAAGCUCUUUGUAAAGAAUUUCUUUAGAAGGCGACUUUGCUUUUCUGAAUCUCACCAAAAUACUCCAACUGCAACUUUCUGUUGUAAAAUGAGUUCUGCGACAGCGGUGUCUGCCUUCCACUGCGGGAAAGUAACAGGAGAAUUUGCAGCCCUUCAAGUUGCUUGCAGUUUUCUUUCCAUGUCUGUAGGAAUAACUAGUGCUACUGCUUUUGGAUUUUGAGGCACUGCUAAACAAGUUGGAGGGUGGCAGCCCCCUUUUUCUAAUUGCUUUUGUGUGCCCAGACAACAGACCUCAGUGAAGAGAUAAGGCAACUGUUUUCUUCCACCUUUGUGGUGUGAGAUUUGUGAUAAGGAUGGCUUGGCUUUGCUUCUCCUGAGUACUGACAAUUGCAUCCAGAGGUUCCAGGAGAGGCAGUGAGGAAUACAUGCAAUGGUACUUCCUUUUCUAAAAAAAUCUUUUUAUGUAACUAAAUGUAUACAUAUAUAUAUGAAAUCAGUUUGCACAAGGAAGAUGUCAAGGCUGAAUUCCCCGUUCCUCUUCUGCCUCACUGGUAUGUUGUCUAAAUAUCUGUCUUCCUUAGGUAGAAACAACCUUGUGCUUAAUUUGUCACGUUGGCACAGCCAGAAAAGAGG